AUGUCACUGAGUAAGGCUAAAGCUAAAUUCUUACUGAUUAGAACAUUUGUAUUUGAUGACGUCGACCCAAUUGAUAUACAGAUAGGGAAAAUGAAUGCCCAGGUGAGACUUGGUAAAGAUUUUAAUUCAGGUCAAGUGAGACUUGGUAAAGAUUUUAAUUCAGGUCAAGUGAGACUUAGUAAAGAUUUUAAUUCAGGUCAAGUGAGACUUGGUAAAGAUUUUAAUUCAGGUCAAGUGAGACUUGGUAAAGAUUUUAAUUCAGGUCAAGUGAGACUUGGUAAAGAUUUUAAUUCGGGUCAAGUGAGACUUGGUAAAGAUUUUAAUUCAGGUCAAGUGAGACUUGGUAAAGAUUUUAAUUCGGGUCAAGUGAGACUUGGUAAAGAUUUUAAUUCGGGUCAAGUGAGACUUGGUAAAGUUUUUAAUUCGGGUCAAGUGAGACUUGGUAAAGAUUUUAAUUCAGGUCAAGUGAGACUUGGUAAAGAUUUUAAUUCAGGUCAAGUGAGACUUGGUAAAGAUUUUAAUUCAGGUCAAGUGAGACUUGGUAAAGUUUUUAAUUCGGGUCAAGUGAGACUUGGUAAAGAUUUUAAUUCGGGUCAAGUGAGACUUGGUAAAGAUUUUAAUUCGAGUCAAGUGAGACUUGGUAAAGAUUUAGAUUCGGGUUAA